UCCAGUUUGUGCGAUGAUCUCCUAUCCUGUUGUAUCGUCGCUAAAGUCGGCUCUUGACAGGAGUGAUGCGGAUCCCGAAGAGGCAGAGAAACGCUACAAAGAUGUGCUCGUGGCUUACGAGUAUGUUUUCGAGGAGGAGAUCAGCCGUGAAGUGCGAGAGAAAGCAGCCUUGGAAGACGUGACCGGGUCUGCGCUGCGAACCAGCCAUGGAUUUGCGUAUUGGCGUGACGAGAAGAACCAGAACUAUGCGAAGAAGAUCGUGGCGGCUUUCGGGAUUUCAGUGACAGUGAUUUCAUCUGCAGCGUCGGCAGGGUCGUGGCCUCCAACAACACCAUGAUAAUGAUUGCAACUUCACUGUCUUCGCUGCCUGGAUCCCGCUAUUUCUUCCGGAGUUCACGGAGUUGACGUUCGUCGGUGUUUGGUCUGGAACGCCGGCUUGUGUCGAUGGACAUUACAGUCUAGCGACGUCUAUAGACCAUCCAGGUUUCAUGCUCUCGAGUACUUCAGGUAUUGACAUUGUCAUCUGAUCGUCUCGCUCAUGGGUGCUUUCAUGCGCAGGGAUGUGAUC